AUGUCUCUAUGCCAAUUACGCCUUGGAGAGGAGAGAAAGCAAUGGAGAAAGGAUCAUCCUUUCGGAUUUUGGGCACGACCAGUCAAGAAUUCUCAAGGCGUUCUUGAUCUAAAGAUCUGGGAAUGCGGUAUUCCUGGAAAGGAAAAGACAAUGUGGGAAGGCGGUCUCUUUAAACUGACAAUGACAUUCCCUGACGGAAAAUUUACGCCGCCUUUGUUCCAUCCCAACGUCUACCCAUCGGGAACCGUCUGUCUUUCGAUCCUAAACGAGGACGAAGGAUGGAAGCCGGCGAUCACGGUCAAGCAGAUCGCACUCGGCAUCCAAGAUCUCCUAGACAAUCCUAAUCCGGAGUCUCCCGCACAAGCUGAAGCAUACAACCUCUUUAAGCGAGACAAGGCCGAGUACGAGCGACGUGUGAGGCGAACGGUGAAGGAGAACCCCGCCUCUUAG